AUGAGCAGCCCUGAAUCCAAUGUUAUAAUUGUUGGUGGCGGUGUGUUCGGGCUAAGUACAGCCUUGUGGCUCGCUCGAGGUGGCUACAAGAAUGUCACUAUCUUUGAUAGAUGUGACUUUGAAAAGAAUCACUACAACCCAUCCAAUGGCUGCGAUGGUGCCUCUGCAGACAUAAACAAAAUCUUCCGUGCCACAUACGGCAGCAAAAGCCACUCCCAAGAUCUCGCUCUUGAGGCUAGAGACAUUUGGCUCGAGUGGAAUCAAGCCAUAAAAAAUAGCGAUCCUUCUGAACUUCCCGACCCACUCACUCCCGAAGAUGAGCUAUUGACUCUUUGUGGUGUGUUUCAUUUGGCCGAUGGGCCAGAAUUGAUUGAUCUUUAUAAUGAAAAUCUUCGAGUCAUGGGCGAAACUGCUCCUUCGUUCCGCGAUCUGCAAUUUGUCAAGAACAGCGACAGUGAUGAGCGACGCGUCAAUUCGUUAGGACCCAACUGGGCCAAGAAAUACCAUCGCUUUGAUACGUUCAGAGAUGGUCGUACAAACGGAUUUCUUGAUGCAGGGUCCGGUAUUACUCUCGCAGACAAGGUAAUGCCCCGAUUCUUCUUCUAUCUUUCUUGGGUUAAUUUCUAUCAGGCCUGCGUUUAUGCGCGCCAUAUUUGCCUGAAGGCUGGAGUGAAAUUCAUCCUUGGUCGACCUCAAGGCGAUAUCAAAAGUCUGAUCGUUGAUGAGUCUGGUUCCAGCAAGCGAGUUACCGGUAUACAGACUCAGGAUGGCUUGCGCCACAAUGCAGACCUGGUCAUCGUUGCUUGUGGUCCUUGGUCCUCGUCUCUUAUUCCAGAUGCACAUCGCUCUGUCGAAGCAACAAUGGGAACAGUGAUGUUCGUAGAUGUUCCUAGCGAUCGACAGGAUCUUCGAGCAAGAUUUCACCCAGACAACUUCCCAGUCUGGAGGUUCUUAGAAGGAGAAGGAGAUUCUGCUUACGAAGGAGGUGGCUUCCCUAUCACGAAGGAGGGCAGAAUAAAAUUCGGGUUUCGUGCUCGCAAGUUUACCAACUUCCAAGCCCACCCAUCCCAAGAGAGUUUGAAGAUAUCGACCCCUCGGACAAAAUACAGCCCGAAUCCCAUCAACACCGUGCCACUUUAUGGACUGAAACAAAUGAAGCGAGUGAUAGGUGGAUUGUUCCCUGAAUUAACUGAGAUCGGGUUCACGGAUAGUCGUUUGUGCUGGUACACGGAUAGUAUUGACAACGAGUUUGUCAUUGAUUAUGUACCUGGGUAUUCUGACUCGUUAUUUAUUUGCACGGGUGGCUCUGGACAUGGCUUCAAGUUCCUACCGAUUCUCGGCAAGUACGUCAAAAAUCAGCUGGAGAGAAAUCCAGAUCGCUUUACCCCUCUGUGGAAAUGGCGAACUGUUGAGGAGGGCAAAAAAUGCAAUGGGCUUGAAGAAGGGGAGACAGGACCUCGUGACAUGUCAAAGCUGAAAUUAGCCUCGCCUCAUGAUUUCCAUUUUCGCAUUAACAGCCCCCUCUGA